UUUUUUACCAAUUUGGUUUCCUUUUCUCUCCCUCUCCCUCUCUUACAAAGCCACCAGAUACAUAAAACAAAGAUCUGAAAGAAAGAAAGAAAGAAAGAAGAUGAUGUCAAUUGCAAUGGUUUCCUCGAUUGAAAUUUUGCGUCAAGUCGUCACAGCCAUGGACCAAAUUGCUCGAAGGUUUCCCAAAAAUUCUAUACAGAACCCCAUAUCUUCUUCUUCUUCCUCUUGUAAGUUUAGGCCUCUUCAUGUUCUAUUCUUCUUCUAAGAAUUAUAAUCUCUCUCUCUCUCUCUCUUUAUAUAUAUAUAUAUAUAUCAUUUUCUAGGGUUUCUUACGUUUUUCUUUAGUAUUAGGAAACUGAAAUUGUUGUGAGUGUUUAUUAAUUGAAAUGUCUGCUGAAAGUGGUAAGGAGUUAGGGUUACCCAAAAGUAAUAGUAGUUGCAUUAGCAGUUUAAGACAACAGUUGGCUAGAACCACGUUGCGUAAUGUAAGAUCGAAAGGUCAUACCUAUGUCGACCUCAGGGAAGAUAACAAGAAGAAGCCUGUCUUCUUUUGUGUUCUAUGUCUGUCUCCCUGUCACAGUGAUUCCGUGCUGCAUGAUCAUCUGCGUGGUAAUCUUCAUAAGAAGAUGUAUCAAGCUGCUAAGUCGACAUUGCUCAAAGAUACUCAGAAUCCUUGGCCGUUUAACGAUGGGAUGCUUUUCUUUCACACCCCCACUAAUGAUAAUCAAACUCAUUGCCUACUUACAACUUCAAAUCCCGACCUUGAAAGUAAUCUGCUGGAUAAUAACAGUCUUGCAAUUGUUACUGCCAACACAACCAAAGAAAGAAAUCAAACUGACGAGGAAUCACUUGAUGAUGAUAAUGGUUAUCAUUUGAUUAUUCCGGAUGUGCUGCAUAAGGAUAAAGUUUCUGAUUUGGAAGUUAGCUGUAUAGGUCUUGGCAAAAUUGCUGCUAGGUGUUACCAAAAGGAUGGCUUUACAAAAGGAAUCCAGAGAAUCUGGUGUGAAUGGGUUGGGGACUGUUAUCCAGAUCACGGGGAGGAGGAUAUAAUAAUACCAGAACAUGACUUUGCUAUUGUGUUAUUUGCAUUUGAUUACGACAUGGGAAGAAAGGGUUUGCUUGAUGACAUGUUGCUUUUGCCUUCCUCAUAUACAAGGCCAGCACUGGAACAACAUAGGAAUACUGAUAAUGAUAAUAAUAGUAGUAGGAAUAAUAAUGAGAUUAAAGGAGGAAAGAAGAGAAAAUCAUUUUCAGAUCCCGAAGAUGUUAGCGAGUCUUUAAGCAAUCAAUACGAAUCCUCCGGGGAAGAAUAUCCAGCUUCCCGGGGCUCUAGCUCAAAUAAUAUCAUAAGUGGAUAUGGUGAUAACUCUCUGCAAUCUAGAUUGAUACCAAACCGUAGUGUGAGGAAAGAAUUGAGGGUACAUCGUCGUCUAGCUUCAGAAAGAGUAUGUGAUAUCUGUCAGCAUAAGAUGCUUCCUGGUAAAGAUGUGGCCACACUUCUCAACAUGAAGACCGGUAGAAUUGUGUGCAGCAGCAGAAACUUGAAUGGGGCAUUUCAUGUAUUUCACAUAUCCUGCCUAAUUCAUUGGGUACUUUUCUGUGAGUAUGAAGUGUAUACAAAACAACUAAUUGGUUCUAAAGUAAAGAAGCGAUCUAGAAGGAAGAAAGGUGCUACAAAGGUUGUUGAAGCUGAAGAGGAGAUCAAAAAGCAAAUAUACUCCCCCUUUUGUCCAGAAUGCCAGGGGACUGGUAUAGACAUUGAUGGAGAUGAGCUAGAGAAACCUACAGUUUCUCUCUCUGAGAUGUUCAAGUAUAAGAUGAAAGCAAGUGAUGGACAUAGAGAAUAUAUGAAAUGCCCUGAAAUGUUGCAAAACUGCUCAACAGGAUUUUAUUUUCCACCUCAGUCUGAAGAAACAUUGCAGGAAAAUUUGUCACCACUGAAGAUUGUUCGCUUCUAUCGUGCUACUGAUUAGAUAUAGACAAGACAUUUCUUGUUGUCAUCCAAGUAACCUUGUACAAAGAAAUGAUUUUAAAUCCUUUUACAUGUUAUUUCAUAAUGUUAGCUUUUUGUAAAUGGUUCUUACAUACAUGCGUAGUAUUUGAGCUAGAGACUGAACAUAUAGGGCAUGUUUUUGCUCUAUGUAGGUUCUUCAUUUCAAUUCACAAUUUGUAUUAUUUCCGCAACAUAUAUGAAUCAUCUUAACAAAUGACCUUGAAUA